AUGAAGUAUCUUGAGUCAUGUGUGAAGACAAGGUACAUUCUCAGAGGUCAAUUGACAAAAAUUGCACCGUUGGCAAAUGUGAAUAUCCGAGUCAACAUACCGACUGAGAAAGGUUCUUCACAUGACGACUAUGUUGUUGACUUCAAAUUGCCAUGGUUGAAGAUUGUACUUGUCCACAACCACUUCAUGUUGAACGAAAGUCUUACAAACCCAUUGUUCGGAAAAGGUAAGUGCAACAUUGUCAGAGCUGUUAACAUUCUUUUCGAGAAAGGGUUGUUGGAACCAAUUCCAGAUGACAAGCUGACAGAAACUUUUGUACCAAAAGAUGAAACAAACUUUUCAUUGUUGGUAAGACCAAAAGUUGUUCCGGACAAAGUUAUAGCACAAAAGAAGUACACAGCUCCAAAAGGAGUUGGAUUGUUCGGAUACCAACCUGAACCAGAAGAACUUCCAAUGAGGUUGCAAGAACUUCAAGAUGCUAUAAACAAACUUCCAUUGAGACAUCCAAUCGACGUCAAAUUGUAUUGGAGAGCAUCAGAGUUAGGUCAGAAGGUUUUAUAUGAAACAGGUUGCUUCGACGAUGUUUAUGAGAUAACAGGCGAGGUUUCUCAAAAGAUAAGAGACUCACUUGAAUUUCCACGAACUGGGCCGAUUGGAUGCGAUAAGUUCGACUCAUACGAAAAAAUAUACUAUGUCGACCUUAACGCUGCGUACAUGAGGUUUGUCCAAUAUAUUCCGACUGGAAUUCCAAACGAAGAUGGUAAGUUCCCGGGAAGGAACUAUACAGUUGGAAAGGUCAUACAACAACUCUAUGAUAUUAGGAAAGCUUCAAACCCCAAACUUGCAAUGACAAUCAAAUUGCUUAUGAAUUCGACAUGGGGAUAUUCCAUUAAAAAACCUCAAAAGAUGAAGAGUAAACACUAUGAGAAGGUCGACAACUUUGUUGAAAGGUUCUCCCCUUUUGUUUUGAAAUACGAGUUCACCGAAGGUCAAGGUGGCUCAGUAACCACAGUAAAACCUAUUGUCGAACAUUGGUCUUAUCCUCAGUUCGCAAAGGCAGUCCUCGACAACUACAACAAAUUCUUCUCAGAGGUUAAAUCCAAAGUGAAGGUAUACUAUGAGAACAUCGAUGCACUCAUGACGAACGAGGAAGGAUACAACAAACUCAUUGAAAUGGGUUUAGUCGGUGAGAAGAUGGGCCUUUUUAAGCUAGAUAAGGUAUUUUCCGAAGUUCAUGUAAUAUCCAAGCGCAAGUACUGGGGUGUACUUGAAGACGGGACAGAAAUAAAACAUUGUAUGAAAUAA